CUGCGGCGGGACGCGGGGCGUCAUGGCGGCCUCGGAGCGCCGCGCCUUCGCUCACAAGAUCAACAGGACAGUGGCUGCCGAGGUCCGGAAGCAGGUGUCCCGUGAACGCAGCGGCUCACCCCACUCCAGCCGACGCUCCAGUAGUUCCCUGGGGGUCCCUCUGACGGAGGUCAUAGAACCCCUGGACUUCGAGGACGUGCUUCUGAGCCGGCCACCUGAUGUUGAGCCCGGUCCCCUCAGGGACUUGAUAGAGUUUCCAGCCGAUGACUUAGAACUACUGAAGCAGCCCCGAGAAUGUCGGACCACAGAGUCUGGAGUCCCCGAGGAUGGAAAGUUGGACGCCCAGGUGAGGGCUGCGGUGGCGAUGUACUCGGAGGACUGGGUCAUUGUACGCAGAAGGUACCAGCACCUGAGUACAGCAUACAGCCCUGUCACUACGGAGACACAGCGAGAGCGACAGAAAGGCCUCACUUGCCAGGUCUUCGAGCAGGAUACCUCUGGGGAUGAAAGGAUGGGUCCUGAGGACACGGACGAUUCCCAGCACUGCUCAGGCUCUCCAGAGGACACCCCUCGAAGCAGUGGGGCCUCUGGCAUCUUCAGCCUGAGGAACCUGGCUGCGGACUCACUACUACCAGCCCUGCUUGAGCGGGCAGCCCCCGAGGACGUGGACCGGCGCAAUGAAGCCCUCAGGCGGCAGCACCGGGCCCCUGCCCUGCUCACCUUGUACCCCGCACCUGACGAGGAUGAAGCUGUAGAACGCUGCAGUCUCCCAGAGCCACCCCGAGAGCACUUUGGACAGCGGAUUCUGGUCAAGUGUCUGUCACUCAAGUUUGAGAUUGAAAUUGAACCCAUCUUUGGCACCUUGGCCCUGUAUGAUGUACGGGAGAAAAAGAAGAUUUCAGAAAACUUCUACUUUGACCUAAACUCAGACUCCGUGAAGGGACUGCUCCGGGCCCAUGGCACCCACCCGGCCAUCUCCACCUUGGCACGCUCCGCCAUCUUCUCUGUAACCUACCCAUCUCCUGACAUCUUCCUGGUUGUCAAGCUGGAAAAGGUGCUUCAGCAGGGGGACAUCAGCGAGUGCUGCGAGCCCUACAUGGUGAUGAAGGAGGCAGACACAGCGAAGAACAAAGAGAAGCUGGAGAGGCUGCGCCUGGCCGCCGAGCAGUUCUGCACCAGGCUCGGCCGCUACCGCAUGCCCUUCGCCUGGACGGCUGUGCACCUAGCGAACAUCGUGAGCAGUGUUGGGCCUCAGGACCGGGAUUCCGACUCCGAGGGUGAGCGCAGACCUACCUGGGCAGAACGCCGCCGUCGGGGGCCCCAGGAUCGAGGCUGUAGUGGGGACGAUGCCUGCAGCUUCUCCAGCUUCCGCCCGGCCACUUUAACUGUCACCAACUUCUUUAAACAGGAGGCAGAGCGUCUCAGUGAUGAGGACCUUUUCAAAUUUCUGGCGGACAUGCGGCGACCAUCGUCCCUGCUGAGGCGUUUGCGACCUGUGACUGCUCAGCUCAAGAUCGACAUCUCCCCAGCGCCUGAGAACUUACACUUCUGCUUGUCGCCUGAAUUACUCCACGUCAAGCCCUACCCAGACCCCAGGGGGCGGCCCACCAAGGAGGUCCUGGAGUUUCCUGCCCGGGAGGUUUAUGCCCCCCAUACCUGCUACAGGAACCUGCUCUUCGUAUAUCCACACAGCCUCAAUUUCAGCAGUCGCCAGGGCUCUGUGCGCAACCUGGCCGUGCGGAUCCAGUACAUGGCAGGCGAGGACCAGAGCCAGGCCUUGCCGGUCAUCUUCGGGAAAUCCAGCUGUAGCGAGUUCACCCGAGAAGCCUUUACACCAGUGAUCUAUCAUAACAAGUCUCCUGAAUUUUACGAGGAAUUCAAGCUGCGACUUCCCGCCUGUGUGACCGAGAACCAUCACCUCUUUUUUACCUUCUACCACGUCAGCUGCCAGCCCCGGCCAGGAACAGCCCUGGAGACGCCUGUGGGCUUCACCUGGAUCCCUCUGCUACAACAUGGCCGCCUGAGAACGGGUCCCUUCUGCCUGCCUGUGUCCGUGGACCAGCCUCCACCCAGCUAUUCAGUCCUGACGCCGGAUGUGGCGCUGCCGGGCAUGCGCUGGGUGGACGGUCACAAGGGUGUGUUCAGUGUGGAGCUAACAGCUGUGUCUUCCGUGCACCCCCAGGACCCCCACUUGGAUAAGUUCUUCACUUUGGUACAUGUUCUAGAAGAAGGGACCUUUCCAUUCCGGCUCAAGGAGACAGUGCUGAGUGAGGCCACUGUGGAGCAGGAGCUGCGAGCCAGCUUGGCAGCCCUGCGCCUUGCCAGCCCAGAGCCCCUUGUGGCCUUUUCCCACCACGUUCUAGACAAGCUUGUCCACCUGGUUGUGCGGCCACCCAUCAUUGGGGGCCAGAUAGUGAACCUGGGCCGAGGGGCCUUUGAAGCUAUGGCUCAUGUAGCCAGCCUUGUGCACCGGAGCCUGGAGGCUGUUCAAGAUUGCCGUGGUCACUGCCCACUGCUGGCUGCCUAUGUCCACUAUGCCUUUCGCCUCCCUGGCGGUGACCUCAGCCUGCCAGGCGGGGUCCCUCCAGCAACGGUACAGGCUGCCACACUGGCCCGCGGCUCUGGCCGCCCCACCAGCCUCUACCUGACACGUUCUAAGAGCAUCAGCAGCAGCAACCCUGACCUGGCCGUGGUCCCCGGCUCUGUGGAUGAUGAGGUGUCUCGCAUCCUUGCCACCAAGGGCGUCGAUCGCUCACACUCCUGGGUGAAUUCUGCUUACGCUCCGGGAGGCAGCAAGGCUGUGCUGCGGCGGGUGCUUCCGUACUGUGGGGCUGACCCCAGACAGUUGCUGCACGAGGAGCUGGCCCUGCAGUGGGUGGUGAGUGGCAGUGCGGUCCGGGAGGUGGCCCUACAGCAUGCCUGGUUCUUCUUCCAGCUCAUGAUAAAAAGCAUGGAACUACACUUGCUCUUGAACCAGCGACUGGACACUCCCCGCAAGCUGCGCUUCCCUGGACGCUUCCUGGAUGACAUCGCGGCCCUGGUGGCCUCUGUGGGGCUGGAAGUCAUCACUAGGGCCCAUAAGGACAUAGAGCUGGCUGAACGCCUCAACGCCAGCCUGGCCUUCUUCCUCAGUGACCUCCUGUCCAUAGCAGAUCGAGGUUACAUCUUCAGCCUGGUACGAGCUCACUACAAGCAGGUGGCCACUCGGCUGCAAUCUGCCCCCAAUCCAACUGCACUGCUGACCCUUCGAAUGGACUUCACUCGCAUCCUGUGUAGCCAUGAGCACUAUGUGACCCUUAACCUCCCCUGCAGCCCCCUGUCACCCCCAGCCUCCCCCUCCCCCUCGGUGUCCUCCACUACUUCCCAGAGCUCCACCUUCUCCAGCCAGGCCCCUGACCCUAAAGUGACCAGCAUGUUCGAGCUAAGUGGGCUUUUCAGGCAGCAGCACUUUCUCUCUGGACUCCUGCUGACGGAGCUGGCCCUAGCCCUCGACCCUGAAGCUGAGGGGGCAUCCCUUUUACACAAGAAGGCCAUUAGUGCUGUACACAGCCUGCUGUGCAGCCACGAUGUUGACUCCCGCUACACAGAGGCCACCGUGAAGGCCAAGGUGGCCGAGCUGUACCUGCCCCUGCUCUCCCUUGCGAGGGACACACUACCACGACUGCAUGGCUUCGCUGAGGGCUCAGGGCAGCGGUCAAGACUGGCUUCCAUGUUGGACUCAGACACAGAAGGUGAAGGGGACAUUGGAGGCACCAUCAACCCAUCUGUGGCCAUGGCCAUCGCUGGGGGACCUCUGGCUCCUGGCUCUCGUGCCAGCAUUUCCCAGGGACCUUCAGCAGCAGCUCGCUCAGGCUGUCCCCUCUCUGCCGAGUCCAGCCGGACCUUGUUGGUGUGUGUGCUGUGGGUCCUGAAAAAUGCUGAGCCGGCCCUUCUGCAGCGUUGGGCUGCUGAUCUGGCCCUGCCCCAGCUGGGCCGCCUCCUGGACCUCCUCUACCUCUGUCUGGCUGCCUUUGAGUACAAGGGGAAAAGGGCAUUUGAGCGCAUCAACAGCCUCACGUUCAAGAAGUCCCUGGACAUGAAAGCCCGGCUGGAGGAGGCCAUCCUGGGCACCAUCGGGGCGCGACAGGAGAUGGUGCGCCGGAGCAGGGAGAGAAGUUCAUCUGGAAACCAAGAGAAUGUUCGCUGGCGUAAGAGUGUUACACACUGGAGACAGACCUCAGACCGUGUGGACAAGACCAAGGAUGAAAUGGAACAUGAAGCCCUGGUGGAUGGAAAUCUGGCUACAGAGGCCAGCCUAGUGGUUCUGGACAUGCUGGAGAUCAUUGUGCAGACGGUGAUGCUGUCGGAGGCCCGUGAGAGCAUCUUGAGUGCUGUGCUGAAAGUUGUUCUGUACAGUCUGGGGAGCGCCCAGAGUGCCCUCUUCCUGCAGCACGGCCUAGCCACCCAACGAGCACUGGUUUCCAAGUUCCCGGAGCUGCUUUUCGAGGAAGACACUGAGCUUUGUGCCGACCUAUGCCUGAGGCUUCUGCGACACUGUGGCAGCCGCAUCAGCACCAUCCGCAUCCACGCCAGUGCCUCGCUCUACCUGCUCAUGCGCCAGAACUUCGAGAUCGGCCAUAACUUCGCCCGUGUGAAGAUGCUGGUGACCAUGUCCCUGUCAUCCCUUGUGGGGACAACUCAGAACUUCAGUGAAGAGCACUUGAGACGGUCCCUCAAGACCAUCCUGACCUAUGCGGAGGAGGACAUAGGGCUGCGGGACAGCACAUUCGCUGAGCAGGUUCAGGACCUCAUGUUCAACCUGCACAUGAUCCUGACAGACACAGUGAAGAUGAAGGAACACCAGGAGGACCCCGAGAUGCUCAUGGACCUCAUGUACAGGAUUGCCCGGGGGUACCAAGGCUCUCCAGACCUGCGGCUGACAUGGCUGCAGAACAUGGCUGGCAAACAUGCAGAGCUGGGCAACCAUGCAGAGGCUGCCCAAUGCAUGGUACAUGCUGCUGCCCUGGUGGCCGAAUACCUUGCCCUCCUCGAGGACAGCCGCCACCUGCCUGUGGGCUGUGUGUCUUUCCAGAAUGUCUCAUCCAACGUGCUGGAGGAAUCUGCCAUCUCUGAUGACAUCCUGUCUCCAGAUGAGGAGGGCUUCUGCUCCGGGAAGAACUUCACGGAACUGGGUCUGGUGGGGCUGCUGGAGCAGGCUGCUGCCUACUUCACCAUGGGUGGGCUGUACGAAGCGGUGAACGAAGUCUACAAAAACCUCAUCCCCAUCCUUGAAGCCCACAGAGACUACAAGAAGCUGGCUGCCGUGCAUGGGAAACUGCAGGAGGCCUUCACCAAGAUAAUGCACCAGAGCUCUGGCUGGGAGCGUGUAUUUGGAACAUAUUUCCGAGUGGGCUUCUAUGGUGCACGAUUUGGUGACCUGGAUGAACAAGAGUUUGUGUACAAGGAACCGUCCAUCACAAAGCUGGCAGAGAUCUCACACCGACUGGAGGAAUUCUAUACGGAGAGGUUCGGGGACGAUGUGGUAGAGAUCAUCAAAGAUUCUAACCCAGUGGACAAGUCCAAGCUGGACCCACAGAAGGCCUACAUCCAGAUAACCUACGUGGAGCCGCACUUUGACACUUACGAGCUCAAGGACCGGGUGACCUACUUUGACCGCAACUACGGGCUGCGAGCCUUCCUCUUCUGCACACCGUUCACACCAGAUGGGCGAGCUCAUGGGGAGCUGGCUGAACAGCACAAACGCAAGACCCUGCUGAGCACGGAGCACGCCUUUCCCUACAUCAAGACACGCAUCCGCGUGUGCCACCGUGAGGAGACGGUGCUGACACCAGUGGAGGUGGCCAUUGAGGACAUGCAGAAGAAGACACGGGAGCUGGCCUUUGCCACUGAGCAGGACCCUCCAGAUGCCAAGAUGCUACAGAUGGUUCUGCAGGGCUCUGUAGGACCCACUGUGAACCAGGGUCCCUUGGAAGUGGCCCAGGUAUUUUUGGCAGAGAUCCCAGAAGAUCCAAAACUCUUCCGGCAUCACAACAAACUACGACUCUGCUUUAAGGAUUUCUGCAAAAAGUGUGAGGAUGCACUGAGAAAGAACAAGGCCCUGAUUGGACCAGAUCAGAAGGAGUACCACCGGGAACUGGAACGCCACUACAGCCGCCUACGGGAGGCUCUACAGCCUCUGCUCACCCAGCGUCUGCCCCAGAUGCUGGCACCAAGCUCCACCAGCCUCAGGAACUCCCUGAACAGAUCAAGUUUCCGGAAGGCUGACCUCUGACCCCAAAGGACUGGAAGGCACACCAAGAAGACCAGCACCCACGCCUCAGCUGUCUGUGCUUUCUGGAGUUCCUCCUGCCCCUCAUCCAUGGGGUGACCACACGUCCUUAGGGCUGGGCCCUCGAGCCCUGUCUGUCUGCACUGAUGGAUCCUAAGUUUUGUCUUGUUUGUUUGUUCUUAA